UUCACUCACUAAUUAAGCUGAAUUGUGAAGAAAAUUAAAAAUGUCAGGAGUAACCCUAGCGGUGGCUCCGGAUGAGCCGAAGCCGUCUUUGCUAAGGCCGCAGCAAAAGCCGCGGCGGCGGCAGCAGCAGGCGGUGGGUAUAAUGGGGUCUCUCCGGGUGGUGGAGCUUCAACUAGUAGCUUUCAUCAUGGUCUUCUCCGCCAGCGGCUUAGUGCCGCUCCUAGACCUGGCGUUUCCGGCGCUCUCGUCCGCCUAUCUCCUCAUCAUUUCCCGGCUAGCGUUCCCCUCCCACGGCGGCCGUUCUGGGUCGCCGGAAUUGUUUCAGGGGGGUGCGCUUUUCCGUGUUUACGUGGUGUUUGGCACCGCUGUCGGGCUGUUCCUGCCGCUGGCUUAUGUGUUGGGUGGAUUCGCGAGGGGCGACGAGCAUGCCGUCCGAUCAGCUACCCCUCACCUCUUCUUGCUGUCUUUCCAGAUACUAACGGAGAAUAUCAUAAGCGGAUGGUCUCUGUUUUCGCCGCCUGUAAGAGCCUUCGUCCCUUUGCUUUACACUGUUCGCCGCGUCUUCGUCAUAAUGGACUGGAUACAAGAUGUUUGGGUUAACAAAUCAUUGCCUGCAACCCCAGAUUUCAAGGAUGUUUCAUGGCACUGGUUCGGGAGGGGGCUGGCGGUGGCUAAUUUGGUCUACUAUUCUGUGAAUCUGUUGGGGUUUUUGAUUCCGUGCUAUUUGCCGAGGGCGUUUGAGAGGUACUUUAGGGAGAGGGAUGAGAUUGUUGCCAAGACGGGAGAAGACUAUAGGCGCUACUCGCCUGCAACAACGCAGAUAAAUAAGCAGCAGCAGCCUCAUGCAGAGAAGGCAGAUUAAAUUAGUGUUUAAUUUGAUAGAGCUGAGUAGUAAAGGAAACCUCCUGUAGUUACAAUAUAAUUAAUGGCGGUACUAUACGUUCCAUCUGUGAUAUCACUUCAUCCAUCAGAUCAGAUCAGAUCAGUUUCAUUCUGAUAGAAUUAUGGACU